CACUUCAUACUCAAACCUGGUUAUGGUGUUUUGUUUUGCUUUCUUGGCCUCCCUCUGUAGAUUCUCUGUGAAAACAUUGCUGGAGAAAUAUACCAUAGAACCCAUUGAUGACUCAUCAGAGGAGUUUGUGAACUUCGCUGCUAUUCUAGAACACAUCCUCAGCCAUCGCUUCAAGGGGGAUCAUGGUCCUGUCAGCUGGUUCAGCUCCGAUGGGCAACGUGGCUUCUGGGAUUACAUCCGCCUGGCCUGUAGCAAAGUCCCGAAUAACUGCGUCAGCAGCAUUGAGAACAUGGAGAACAUCAGCACCUCUAGAGCCAAGGGCCGGGCAUGGAUCCGAGUGGCACUGAUGGAGAAGCGCAUGUCCGAGUACAUCACCACAGCCCUGCGGGACACCAGAACCACCAGGAGAUUUUAUGAUGAUGGGGCAAUCAUGCUGAGAGAGGAAUCAACCGUUCUCACAGGGAUGCUGAUAGGGCUCAGUGCCAUAGACUUCAGUUUCUGCCUGAAAGGGGAAAUUAUGGAUGGCAAGACGCCUGUGGUUAUUGACUACACUCCAUACCUGAAGUUUACCCAGAGGUAAGGGCUACUGCUUCUGCAGACAGCCUUUGAGUGUGAAGUUCAGGGCCCAGGCUAAGAAAGAUAACAUUAGAGGGUUCCUUGAACAUGUUGUUCUGAACAAAAGAUUCAGCAUUUUGGUAGUUUUCAGCUUGUUUCCAAUAAAAUGCAAUGCGACC